GCGUAUGUUUAGACAGCGGUGUAUGUGUGUGUGUUGAGGGAUGGUGCCGCGACUGUUGAGGCUGGUCGCCUGUCGACCGGCCGUUCGUUCGACUCUUCGCUGUGAGCGGCGAUACAGUCAGUUGUCUCCGGAGCUGUCAGAGCGACUGCAGAUCUUUGAGUCUUUGAGGGAGAAACGCCACAGCGAGCAGCGAAUUGAAGCUUCUGAGAAGUCGCUCUGCAUCCGUCUGUCUGACAGACAGACCGUCAAAGGCAGAGCUGGCGUGACCACGCCGCUCUCUGUUGCCCAGAACAUCAGAGUGAAAGGAGCGUUAGUGAGCAAGGUGAACGGUGAGCUGUGGGAGCUUGGAAAACCUCUAGAGGCCGACUGCGAGCUGCAACUCCUCGGCUUCGACACAGCAGAGGGAAAACAGGCAGCCUGGAGGACGGCAUCAUGUGUUCUGGGUGGAGUGAUGGAAAGUUUCUUUGGUGCCAGUGUGUUCAGAGAAGGAGCUUCACAGCUGGGAUUCUACUGUGACCAUCAGCAAAACAACAGUGACUGGUCCCUGAAGGACGUGGAAGAGAAAUGUGAAGAGGCGGCUGCUCUCAAACUUCCUCUGUCUGUUCUGGAGCUGAAUCUUGCAGAGCUGCAGGAGCUUUUCCAGUGUAACCAAAUGAGGCUACAGUUUGUUAAAGAGCAGAUGAAUGGCCCCACUGUUACAGUCUACAGGUGUGGACACAGCGUAGGUGUGUGUACUGGCCCUCUGCUGCCACACACAGGUCUACUCAAGGUCUUCAAAAUUCUCCAGCACUCUCCCGUGACUCUGGCCAAUCAGGCAGAUUCAGCGUGUUUGAUGCGUCUGUCGGGUGUCGCCUUUCCAGGUGAGAAGGACAGACAGGAGUGGGAGACGCAGCAGGAGGAGGCCAGGAGGAGAGACCACAGGCGCAUAGGCACGGACCAAGACCUGUUCUUCUUCAAUGACGUCAGUCCUGGCAGUUGCUUCUUCCUUCCUAAAGGAGCCCACAUUUACAACAAACUCAAGGACUUCAUUAAGAGCGAAUACCAAAGGCGAGGUUUCACCGAGGUCGUGACCCCAACGUUGUACAGCACCGAAUUAUGGGAGCGCUCCGGACACUGGGAGCACUACAGCGAGAACAUGUUCACCGUGACAUCAGAGGGUUCCCAAACCUACGCCCUCAAACCCAUGAACUGCCCAGCACACUGUCUUAUGUUUGAGCAGCGCGUUCGUUCCUGGCGGGAACUUCCUCUGCGAUGGGCCGACUUCGGGGCCCUCCACCGUAACGAGCUGUCAGGAGCGCUGGGCGGACUGACCCGGGUUCGCCGGUUUUGCCAGGAUGACGCUCACAUCUUCUGCAUGCCCGAGCAGCUGGAGGAGGAGAUCGUCUCCUGUUUAGAAUUUGUGAGGAGCGUGUACCGAGUCUUUGGGUUCUCCUUCCACUGCCUCCUCUCCACUCGGCCCACACCGUGUUUAGGAGAUCCUGAACAGUGGGAUCGUGCUGAGCAGCAGCUACAGAGGAGUCUGCAGCAGUUUGGUGAACACUGGGAGUUAAACCCAGGGGACGGCGCCUUCUACGGACCAAAGAUUGACAUUCAGAUCAAAGAUGCCCUCAACAGGCAGCACCAGUGUGCCACGAUCCAGUUGGACUUCCAGCUGCCAAUCAGAUUUGACCUUCAGUAUGUUGGGCGAGAUGGACAGAAGCACAGGCCAGUGAUGAUCCAUAGAGCAGUGCUGGGAUCACUGGAGAGAAUGUUGGCCAUACUGGCCGAGAACUUUGGAGGAAAAUGGCCCCUGUGGUUAUCACCAGCACAGAUCAUGGUUAUUCCAGUAGGGGGCAACUGUGAGUCAUAUGCCAAAAAGGUGGUUUUGAUGUUCCGUGAAGCUGGCUUCAUGGCUGAUGUGAGCGAUGACCAGGGGUCCACCUUAAAUAAGAAGAUCCGCUCCGCUCAGCUGGCUCAGUACAACUACAUAUUUGUGGUGGGAGAUCAGGAGGUAGAGAGCGGAACGGUGAAUGUGAGGAGCAGACGGGGUAAACAGCUGGGCAGGAGGACGACGGAAGAAGUGCUGACUUCUCUCACACGCCUACGAGACUCCAGGAGCAACACAGAUGAGUUCUGAGGGGGAAAAAAGAAAACGUCCCAGGAAUAAUGAGUCACUGAUGUGCAAAAAUAUUAGUUUUAAUUGUUUAACAAUCAUGUCGGUUCAUGUCAUGAGAUUUGCAUUUGUAAUAAAACUGUAAAACCACA